CUGAUUCUAUCAGUAGCCAGGACUGUCACCAUAGACUGUCACGAGCGCCUUCUCUGACUGCCAGCACGAGAGAGAGCACUACUCUCGCACACAGUUAGGCCAUACAAAGCCCCCUGCAGACCCAGCAUCAUGUCUAUCCUGAAGAUUCACGCUCGGGAGAUUUUUGACUCCCGUGGCAACCCCACAGUGGAGGUCGACCUGUACACCAAGAAAGGUCUGUUCAGAGCUGCAGUUCCCAGCGGGGCCUCCACUGGCAUCUAUGAGGCUCUGGAACUGCGUGACAAUGACAAGACACGCUACAUGGGCAAAGGGGUGAAAAGAGCUGUUAAAUAUAUAAAUGAGUUCUUGGCUCCAGCUUUGUGUAACCAGAGUGUGAACGUUUUGGAGCAGGAGAAGGUUGACCAGCUGAUGCUGGACAUGGAUGGCACAGAGAACAAGUCUAAGUUCGGUGCAAAUGCCAUCCUGGGCGUGUCCCUGGCUGUGUGCAAGGCUGGUGCUGCAGAGAAAGGCGUUCCCCUCUACCGCCACAUAGCUGAUCUCGCUGGCAACCCAGAAGUCAUCCUCCCUGUCCCCGCCUUCAACGUCAUCAACGGAGGCUCCCACGCCGGCAACAAACUGGCCAUGCAGGAGUUCAUGAUCCUGCCAGUGGGGGCCAGUUCCUUCAAGGAUGCCAUGCGCAUUGGUGCCGAGGUCUACCACAACCUGAAGAAUGUCAUCAAGGAGAAGUACGGCCAAGAUGCCACCAACGUAGGAGACGAGGGCGGCUUCGCACCCAACAUCCUGGAGAACAAGGAAGCUCUGGAACUUCUGAAGACUUCCAUCGCCAAAGCCGGCUACACUGACAAGAUCGUCAUCGGCAUGGACGUGGCUGCCUCUGAGUUCUAUAAGGGGGGCAAGUACGACCUGGACUUCAAGUCCCCUGACGACCCCAGCCGCUACAUCAGUCCUGACCAGCUGGCCGACCUGUACAAGAGCUUUGUCAAGGAUUACCCAGUGGUCUCCAUUGAGGACCCCUUUGACCAGGAUGACUGGGCGGCGUGGUCCAACUUCACGGCAUCCACCAGCAUCCAGGUGGUGGGUGACGACUUGACAGUGACCAACCCCAAGCGCAUCGCCAAGGGUGUGGAUGAGAAGGCCUGCAACUGUCUGCUGCUCAAGGUCAACCAGAUCGGCUCCGUCACAGAGUCCCUGCAGGCGUGCAAGAUGGCCCAGUCUAAUGGCUGGGGAGUGAUGGUCAGCCAUCGCUCUGGUGAGACAGAGGAUACCUUCAUUGCUGACCUGGUGGUUGGGCUCUGCACUGGACAGAUUAAGACUGGUGCCCCUUGCCGAUCUGAGCGUCUGGCCAAAUACAACCAGUUGCUCAGGAUUGAGGAGGAGCUUGGCGACAAGGCCCGCUUCGCUGGCCAGAACUUCAGGCACCCAAUCUAAAUAGUUCACCUGCCUCGGGCCUGUCUGUUUCCAUGGUGAAUACUGCCCAUACAUUAGCCACGCUAGGUUGCUCCCCCUGUCUGGAGGGAAGGUGGAUCGGCAGUGAAAUCCAAGGUUCCAAGUCUGUGGUCUGUGGUACUGAAACCUGUAUUUCCUUGUUGUCCACAUUGUACCACCCAUCCUCUACUAAGCUUUGGCUACCCAAUUGGUACUGGUCUAUUUGUUUGUGUCCGUGUAUCGCGCGAGAGAGCUUUGUUUUUGCUUCUUGUGAGUUGUAGUGAAUCUGGUUAUCUUCUGAGUAUUCUAGUGAAGAGCUACUGUAAGUUUAGUACUGUGCUGCUUUGAGCAGUUAUAAGAGUACCAUAUGUGCAAUGUGUCGCCUCUGAUGAGUUUUAGUGUUACUGUAAGCGUUGGCGGAAUUCAAAAUAAACAAUCUCAUAUGAAAUGGACAAGAUA